GCCUUAAGCAGUCAACAGUCAUCCGUCAGCACAACACCUCUAUAUUGUUUCACUCGCCGCUGUAUCACAGCAGUAGUAGAGACACUCCCUCCGGCCGCCGGCCACCGUCACGAGCGAACUAGUUAGUCGACGGCAAUGGACGCCUCCUCCUCCUCCUUCCAAAGAGGCGGAGAGCGACGAGGAAGGUGGGGGAGCCCCGAGCGCACGGUGGUCUGGACUGAGCCCAAGCCCGCGCCCAAGGCGACAAGGAAGGGGGCCGUGGUGUACUACCUCUGCCACCGCGACGGCCACCUCGACCACCCGCACUUCCUGGAGAUGGAGCUCCCGCUCUCCUCCCACCGCGCCGCCGCCGGCGGCCUCUACCUCCGGGACUUCACGGCCCGCCUCGACGCGCUCCGGGGCAGCGGCAUGCCCGCCAUGUACGCCUGGUCCUCCAAGAGGAGCUACAGGAACGGGUACGUGUGGCAGGACCUCGCCGAGGACGACCUCGUCCACCCCGCCCACGGCACCGACGAGUACGUCCUCAAGGGCUCCCCGCUCCUCCUCCUCCUCCCCGAGCCGCCCCCGCCCGCGCGCCGCGACGUCUCCUCGGCCUCCUCCGCUUCCAGCCAGGACUGGAGGGCCGCCGCCGGCCGCCGCCGCAAGAACUGGAGCUCAUUCGACCUCGGCGAGUACAGCAAUAACAAGCAGCUGGUGGCCCUGCGCGCCGCCCAACAGUCCGCGGCAACGCAGACCGGCCACCGCGGGACGGAGCCGGACCAGGAGUCCACGGAGCUGGCCAUCACCGAGAUCUCGCCGCCGCCGUCCUCCAGCAGCCCGGACGACGCCCUGGACAGCUGCGGCAGGGACGUCGGCGUGAUCGCCGGCGGGCGGAUGCGGGCGUCGGCGGUGCUGAUGCAGCUCUUCUCCUGCGGGUCCUUGGGCGGCGCGAAGCGGGGCCACGCGCGCGGGCGCUCCGACGUGGCGCCGACGAGUGCCAGCGGCAGCGACCGGCAGGCCGCGGAGAAGGAGGCGGCGGAUGCGUACGCCUCAGCAGCAGGAGCGGAGUGCUCGUCAGGUAAUAUCAUGGAGCGGGACUACUUCAGCGGCAGCCUCGUCGAGAGCAGCAAGACCACGGGUGGUGGCGGCGGCGAUGCUGCUCUUCUUCUAAAGAGGUCGUCCUCCUGCAACGCCGACAGGGGCGCCGCGAGGCUGAAGCUGCCGGUGGCGGCGAGGGAGCAGGUGGUGCGCGCCGGGUGCCUGGCCUCCCGAGGAAGCCGCGCGCCCAAGAGAAACACGAGUAAAUCCGCGGCGGCCGCGAGCAGGGAAGACGGAGGCGAGUGCGAGGGCGCGACGGAGCCGGCGGCGGCGGCCGCCGACGGGGCGGGGAGCAGCGGCCCAUGAAGCCUGUGCCUUGAUCUGCAGGCGGCGGGACGGGCACGGCACGGCACCGUGUGGACGCCCCGAGACGUGGAUGGACUUGCAACGGCACGGAGUUGUACUGAUCUACUGUAAACAAUGGCGACGAGAUCCGGCAGCAGUCUCGCGUGCCUGCUAUACUUCCCUAAUUUAUUUCUAAUCAAUUAGUUAAUCAA